UAUAUGUAUAUUAUCAUAUAAGCAUUUUAUAUUAUAAAGAAAUGUGUGAUAGUUAAUGAAUUUAAUAAGUGUGAGAGUAAGGCUAUUGGUUUUCCACUCUCACAAUGCCGGUGUUAAGACCACUACUGCUCUUCAUUUGUGCCUAUAUGGUUUAAGAGGAACUUAAGUAAUAGUGUGUGUUUAAAUUUAGUUUAGUUAAAAAUGUUAUGAAAAAAUUAAGGGAAAUAGUUUCUGAAAUACAUGAAUGCAUAAAAAAUGCCAAGAUCAAGCGGAAAUCCACGCUGCAAGUGCUGCGAUGAAGUUAUGGAAGAGCUUUUGACCAUGCGUCAAUCUUUUGAGAAACUUUUCCACCGAUUAACAAAACAAAUUGUAGAUUUGAGGCGCGAGGUUACUGAAGGUUUAGGCUCUGCCUCCAGUGGCACAGCUUUGAAAAGGGAAAGCAGUUGUAGUCCGACGAUAUCCUCACCGCCGUCGAAAUUUAAGCGAUAUGAUAACAGUGAAAGUGAGACUGAAUGUAUCAAAUUGAAAAACGACAAAAAGUCCUCCAGAUCGAAAAAUUUGCAGAGGAAUAAAGAUGAGCUUAAGGAUCCCGUCGAGGUUAAAACUGUUAACAAAGUUAGUCGUCCUAUAUUGGACUUUUUUAACAUUCAAGCUCCAGUCAUGCCUACGCAGCCUUUCAAAACCGCGCAACAGUUUGAGGAUUGGAAUGCUAUUUUCAAAGAAGAUGAAGAUCAGUGUGAUCAAUUGAGGGUUGAACUACUCCAAGGGCAUUUUGAUGAACCAGAUAAAUAUAUCAAACAUAUAUGGCGUAGUAUUUUCAAAAACGAAGCUGCUGAGUGUUACUCCUACAGGGGUAACGGUCGCUGCAAAAAACGGGCCAUUAAAAAUUAUAUAUUUACAGAUAUUUUCCGAGAAUGCUUCCUUCAGCGUUUCCAUCACAUGGAUGCGGUCUUUUUCAUGGAACGUACAAUGCUCUUUUUUAACUACGUUCACAAUCAUAUGAGAAAAAAUUUACGCAAUCAGCAAAAACGGCUUGAAAUUACAAAAGCUAAUAAGCAAACCGAAGAACCCAUGGAAAACGAAGCAACAAUGCAAGAAGAGCAAAGCUUCAAUGGAUAUGAAGGAACGAUGUUGCAAUAGUAAAUAAGGAUCUGUAUUGCAAUUUUGAUAAGAUUAUAAUAACGCGAGAUAUAUGUAUAUAGAACUCAGAACUUACAAAGAUAUAAAUAUAUUUUACAUUAUCAUAAAUGUAUACAUGUAU